AUGGGACAACUUCCUACCACUAGAGUGACACCUGCUCGAGCCUUUCUGCACCCUGGGUUGGACUACAUUGGACCUGUCACUCUAAAAACAUUUCAAGGUCGUGGAGCGAAAAGUUUCAAGGGGUGGAUUGCAGUUUUCGUUUGCUUCACGACUUCCGCUAUUCAUCUGAAAAUUGUCACGGACUAUUUGACUGGCGCAUUCAUCGCAGCGUAUCGGAGAUUCGUAAGUCGCCGGGGCAUCUGUCACACCAUCUACUCGGAUUGUGGUACAAAUUUCGUGGGUGCAGAUGAAACUCUACGGGCGGAAUUCACUGCAGGAUCACAAUCGCUUGGUGAACUUUCUCAUCUUCAGGCUACUGAUAACACUCAGUGGAAGUUCAACCCGUCGGGAGCUCCGAACUUUGGAGGAAAGUGGGAAGCUGCCAUUAAGUCUAUUAAGUUCCAUUUUGCAAGAACUAUCGGAUAUCAUUUAAUGACUUACGAGCAGCUCGCUACCGUUUUAACACAGAUCGAGGCUGCGUUAAAUUCUCGUCCGCUUGCGCCGCUAUCAGAAGAUCCACCCGAUCUGGAAGCUCUAAUUCCAGGUCACUUCCUCAUUGAAGAGCCGCUCACUGCUAUACUGGAACCGACACUACCUCUCCCAACGGAAUCAAUCCUCAAGGGCUACAAACUGCAAAAGCAACUGAUACAGCAGUUUUGGAGGCGUUGGAGCGCAGAAAUGCUUCAACGUCAUCAAGGGAUAAGUAAGUGGCAUCACUCUACCAACGAACGAAGAGUUGGGACGAUGGAACUCCUCACGGACGAACGGUUCUCUCCGACCAAAUGGCAACUCGCUAGAAUUCUCGCAAUCCAUUCAAGGAGGGACGGACAUACCCGCGUUGUCACCCUCAGGACGGCUACUACGGAACUUCUACGACCAAUCAGCAAACUGUGUGUGCUACCAGUGCACACAGCGGACACAACUCUUGACGACGCUGUCGUCAACGUCGAGGAGAAUGUUCAGUCAAGGCAUUCAAAAAUUCACAAGCAAGAAGCUCGAGAACGGCGUCUUUUUUGUUUUUCUAUGCUAAUAUCUAUAUAG